AUGGACAGUGCGGAGAUGUUGAACAAACUCCCAAAAAAGGAGGUGUUUUGGAAUGCAAUGGAGAUGCAGCAGAUAGAAGGAUUCUGGUUCGCAGAGCAGUAUGUGGAAUCCAUGGCGGCAUUCAGGUCAGAAUUCCAGCCGCGAAGCGAUGACAUUCUCUUGACAUCCUUCCCGAAAACAGGAGCAACCUGGCUCAUGGCUCUCUGCCACAACAUCCUCCACAUCGAAGAAGAAGACAUUCUGACGGAGAUGAACCCGCACGACGUCGUUCCCACGGUCGACGCCCUUUACCUUGCGGAUCAAGUCCAGCACGUUGUGCUCCAUUCCACCACCACCCGAUUGCUCCACACUCAUUUGCCUUACAGCUGCUUGCCGGAGGCCGUGAGGAACUCCGGGUGCAAGUUCGUGCACGUGGCUCGCAACCCGAAGGACACGUUGGUGUCCAUGUGGCAUUUCUUGAACAAGAUCCUGAGUGGCGAGCCCGCUGGCCCGUUCCCGAUUGAGAGAGCCGUGGAGAGCUUCUGCAGCGGGGUUCUGCCUUUCGGGCCUUUUUACGAGCACGUGGUGGGCUACUGGGAAGAGAGCAAGAAGAGGCCGGACAACGUCUUGUUUCUCAGGUACGAGGAGCUGUGCAGAGACCCCAAACAGCAGGUGAGGAAGCUUGCUUCUUUUUUAGGGAAUUCGUUCGACGCAACGGCGAGUGGAGAUGAUGAUGAGGAGGAGGUGGUGAUGGUGAUGGAGAAAGUGUUAUGGCGUAGCAGUUUGGGUAGGCUCAAAGAAUUGGAGGUUAACAAGAAUGGUGUAUGGGAGGCAGGUCAACUACCAAAUUCCCACUUCUUCAGGAAAGGAACUGUGGGGGAUUGGAAGAACUACUUGACUCCCCAGAUGGCUGAGCGCAUCGACCAACUCACACAGUUGAAGUUGCAGGGAACCGGACUUUCUCUUGACGAUUUCUAA